ACUUUAUAACCCCAAAAACAUUAAUUUCUUCCUUAAAUAACUAAAAAAUCUUGAUUUGGUUUUUAGAAGAGAAUAAUAAGAACAAAAAAAGAUGGGGUUAAGAGACAUUGGAGCAACUCUGCCACCUGGGUUCAAGUUCUAUCCAAGUGAUGAGGAACUGGUUUGUCAUUAUCUUUACAAAAAGAUUACAAAUGAACAAGUUUUGAAGGGUACUUUGGUUGAAAUUGAUUUGCAUACUUGUGAGCCAUGGCAGCUUCCUGAGGUGGCUAAGCUGAAUGCAAACGAAUGGUACUUCUUCAGCUUCAGAGAUAGGAAGUAUGCAACCGGAUUCCGAACCAAUCGGGCGACGGCAUCUGGAUACUGGAAAGCAACCGGGAAAGAUCGUACGGUUGUGGAUCCUUCAAGUCGUGAGGUUGUAGGGAUGCGAAAGACUUUGGUGUUCUACAGGAAUAGAGCUCCUAAUGGUAUCAAAACUGGUUGGAUCAUGCAUGAAUUUCGUCUUGAGACCCCACAUAUGCCUCCCAAGGAAGACUGGGUAUUAUGCAGAGUUUUCCACAAAGGUAAAGGAGAUGAUCUUGAAUCAAACAUCAACAACAAAUUCAACUCAUCAGAUUUCACAUUUGAUAACACAAUCAAUCAUCAUCAACUUCAGCUUCCUUGUGGGUAUCAACAACAAUUAUUAUCAGCAUCAUCAUCAACACCACCACCACCUCCUGAUCAAACAUUGCUGAACUUUCUUCAACUUUCCCAAGAAACAAACACUACCAACAACCCCAUUACUGAAUUAAUAAGCUCAAAAGGAGAUGAUAAUGGUGAUUAUGGGUUUUUCUGGGAUGAGAUGAGCUUGGAAGAAACAAGCUUGGCUGAUGGAUCAAGUGGCUUAAGAUUUGAUUUGGGUAAUAACACUAAUAAUAUGGUUUUCUUAUAAAUUUUUAUUUUUAUUUAGGUAAUAGUAAAAGAGUUUUUAUACAUACAUCCAUUUGUUGAUUUAUGAAAAAAAUUAUAGUAUAUUAGUGUUUGGAUUUUUUGAGAAACAAAUUCUCAAAAGGUUUGAUUUGCUUCAAAUAGUGUUAGGAAGGAUUUGUAUUAGUGUGUCUAAUUUGAUUAGGGUUUUGUUUUGUUUUGUUUGCAUACAAUGUUUAUGUAAUCAUAUAUGUACAAAUUGAAUCAUUAUAAAUAUAUAUUCUCAUAA